AUGGCCACUGCUACAGAUUUGUCCCCGCCAAAGAUUGAAAAGAAGCCAAUCAGUUUUUCUAACAUCCUUUUGGGUGCUGGUUUAAACAUGGCAGAAGUGACCACAUUGGGCCAGCCUUUAGAGGUGAUUAAAACUACGAUGGCUGCCAACAGAUCAUUGUCCUUGCUUCAGGCUGGAAAACUUGUCUGGUCCCGUGGUGGUCUCUUUGGUUUUUACCAAGGUUUGAUUCCUUGGGCGUGGAUCGAGGCUUCUACUAAAGGUGCUGUUUUGUUGUUUGUUUCAGCUGAAGCUGAGUACGUCUUUAAAACUAUGGGUGCAAGCAACUUUUUGGCCGGUAUGGGUGGAGGUGUUUCUGGUGGUUUGGCCCAAGCUUACCUUACUAUGGGAUUUUGCACAUGCAUGAAGACUGUUGAAAUCACUAGAGCAAAGCAAGCUGCUGUGCCCGGUGUCCCGCAACAAACUUCUUUUCAAGUGUUCAAGGACAUUUACCGUAAAGAAGGAAUUAGAGGAAUUAAUAAGGGUGUCAAUGCUGUGGCAAUCAGACAAAUGACAAAUUGGGGUUCUAGAUUUGGUUUCUCUAGAUUGGCUGAGGAGGCCAUUAGAAAGCUCACCAACAAGAAUAAGGAAGAAAAAUUGAACGCUGUUGAGAAGAUUGCUGCUUCGGUUGUCGGUGGUGGUUUGUCUGCCUGGAACCAGCCAAUUGAAGUCAUCAGAGUGGAAAUGCAAUCCAAGACUAACGAUCCUAAUAGGCCUAAAAACUUGGGCGUGCUCUCAACAGCCAAAUACAUCUACUCUAAUAAUGGUAUUAAGGGUUUGUAUAGAGGAGUUGCCCCAAGAAUUGGUUUGGGUGUUUGGCAAACCGUCUUUAUGGUUGCCUUUGGUGACAUUUUUAAGAAGAUGUUGAACACUGAUGGCAGUGGACAUUAA